AUGGACGAGGAAGCAGUGGCCGAAGCGCCCGCGGUUAUGGUUGGGUGGCUGGAGAAGCACUCCCCCAAUAAGGCCCUCGUCAAGCGGUGGCAAACGCGGCACUUCCGCCUCACCCACACCACCCUCACCUACCGCAAGCGGCCAGAUACACCGGUGCUGGGGUCGAUACGGCUGGCGCGAGUGGAGGCCGUGCGCCUGGAUGCGACUGCAGGCACCAAGCGCAAGCAACAGCGGCGGGUGACAUUUGAGUUGGUGACCGAGGGCCGAGUCUACGUGCUGGCGGCCGACUCGGAGUCAACGGCCAAGCAGUGGACCGACGCAAUCCUCCGGACUCGCGCGCAGGCGCCGACGGCGAGCUUCUCCUUCGCCAGCGACGCGGCGCCUCUCGCCCCCGUCUCCUGCCGCAGCGCGCAUGCGCUGCACCAACCGCUGCGUGGGCUGGAGCCACAACCACCUCCGAUCUCAACGCCCACCAUUGCGUCGGCGUCCAUCCAACCGAAAGCCGACACACAGAAGCUCCCCGACGAGGGUUCGCCAAUUGCGGGAGAGCUGCUCCUGUUCGCAAGCGGCGCGGGUGGCGAGGACGUGCUCUACACGCACCACUCCCUGCGUGACUGCCGGGAGGCCAAGCUGUGGUUCACCAACUACCGCCUCAUCUUCAUGACCAAGGAGAAGAACGAAAGCCUGCCCCUGGGGCUGGUGAUGAAAAUGAAGACGACGCGCCACGAUGAGCGCGGGCUGCCGGGCUUCGCGCUGACCUGCAAGGACUUUCGCUGCUUAUCGUUCUUUCUCGUCCAGUCCGACCAUCACAAGGCGCUGGUGACUCUGCUCAAGCAGCAUGCUGAUGUGUUCGCAUUCAAGAACCAAGAGCGGUUUGCGGCGACAGCAAACGCGGCGGGCUUUUAUCUGUACGACGUGCGAAUGGAGUUCGAGCGGCUGCAGAUUCCCGCCAGGCACUGGCGCAUCACUCACCUCAACGCUGACUUUCGGAUUUCCAGCUUUCCGAACCAAUUCGUCGUGCCCGAAGCCAUCAGCGAUGAUGAAAUUGAUGCGCUGUGGAGAUCGCAGCAGAAAUGGCAGCGAUGGACGCUAGCCCUGUGCUGGCGCCACCCCAUGUCAGAAGCGUGCCUGCUGCGCGCUUGCAAGGAACGGCGACCGAGCGACGAGGCGAGCGCCAAGGGAGCGCGGCUCAUCAGCUUCGACUCCGAAUCUCGAUCGCCCAAGCUCAGCUCGGCCCGUGGCCAGCGCAGCAUGAUGCAACACGUGCUGAUGCUCCACCGCCAGGCCGGUUCCGUACUCGUUGUCGACACAUCACCUCCCAGGAAACGGCUUCGGACCAGCCAAGCCAAGCAAGACGAAUCCGUGGAGGGCCAGAUACAGAAGCGGGCAGUCAAGCUUAUGUCCCCGGAAGCGGUGGGCGAGAGUCUGGCGCGGCUGGUUCGGUUGGUGUCAUCCUUCGACAAGCAUCUCUUCACCGCGAAGCCCGAACGCGCGAGGGAGUGGCGACGCGCAGUCUAUUCGGCUGGGUGGCUUUCCGGCAUAGGCCAACUCUUUGCCGUCACUGAUUCGGUAGUUACGCGGUUACAGCUCGGCAACCCGAUUUGUCUCGACGCACACUGUCGCACAGUGGAAGGCUUUUGCGCGCUGCUCGAGAAAGAGUGGAUGGCCUUCGGCUUCGAGUGGGGCCAGAGCCGGCAAGCCAAAUAUCAGGCCACCCAGCAAUCUUUCCUCUUUCUGCAAUUCAUAGACGCUGUGUGGCAGCUGUGGGUGCAGUGGCCCAGCCAGUUCGAAUUCGGCCCGUCCCUGCUGGUGUUCCUGCUAGACUCACUCUACACGUGCCGGUUCGGCUCAUUCCUGGCUGACUCCCAUCAGGACCGAACCCGAGGCACCUCAGGAGGACUUGGCGAUACUGUGUCAGUCUGGGCCUACAUUUUUGCCCACAAGUCCGACUUCUUGAACUCCGCCUAUGAUGCGAAGGCCCGUGUGACCAAGUUGGCUGUCCACCCGGCCCAGGUCACCCUCUGGACCGUGCGCGCCGAGGCGGAUGCUCUGAAUCUGGGCAACCUGUCCCUGUGCGCCGUACCGGAUAGCGUGCUGCUCGGUCUACCGCCGCGCGGGUCGCUCAGCCUCGCCAACAACUUCCUGGCCUCUGUGUCGACUAGCCUGCACCACCUCACCUCCGUGCGCGCGCUCGACCUCUCCCACAAUCUGAUCGCCACCUUCGCGCAACAGCGCGACUUCGCUUCGUCAUCGAGGCAGCCGGCUGAGCAUGGUGGCGGCGCCUGGCCCAAUUUGACCGAGCUGAACCUCGGCUACAAUCGGCUGUGGUGCCUGGAGCAGCUGCCGGUGACGCUCACAUCGCUCAACGUCGCCCACAAUGUCAUCGAGCGGCUGCCCAAGCACAUCUCUUUGCUGACCAACCUCCGCGUGCUCAAUUUAUCACACAACAAGUUCGCCAUCAUUCAGGGGCAACGAGCUAUUCACGAGGGAAUCCUGCGACUGCCGUCGCUCACCAACCUUAAGCUGGCUGGUAAUGGGCUAGCGGCGUUGCCGGCAGACUUCUUUUCCUCCCUACCGGGCCUCGAAGUGCUGGACGUGGCGCACAACGCGCUGUCGGCCCUGCCGGCUGGAAUCGCCUCCUGUAGCCGCCUGAGGGUGCUCACUCUGUCGGCCAACGUGCUCACGGCGUUGCCUGAUGACAUGGCCGACCUCUGCCACCUCGAAGAACUUCGUGCCCGGAAUUGCCUCGCAGCCAGGACUGGUGAAGCACCAGACAAGGAUCAUCGCUUGGCGCCUCUGGUGCGCCUGACCCAACUGCGCCACCUCGACUUGCGCAACAACUACCUGUUGUCCCUGCCGGCGGGUUGCUUCGCGGAGUGGAGCUGCAUGAACACGCUGCUGCUCUCGCACAACCAGCUGGCGUCGCUACCGCCCGACGUCGGCCGCAUGGCCCGCUCGCUCGAGGAGCUCGACCUCACCCACAACCAGCUCGACGCCCUGCCCACGGAGCUGGCCAAGCUCACGCGUCUGCGCGUGCUGGCCGUCGAGGAGAAUGCGAUCGUGGAGCUGCCCGCCCAGCUUGGCAGCCUCACGCAGCUGGAGCGCCUCGCCGUAGGAACACAGAGCCGACGCCUCAGGUCUCCGCCGGGGGAGGUUGUGGCCUUGGGCUCGGAAAGCAUAGUGACGUAUCUGGGGCAGCUGCUGAAGGGCCAAGAGCCCUGCUACCGGAUGAAGCUCAUGUUCGUCGGCCACGAGAACGUGGGGAAAACGUCCCUGCUUCGCGCGUUGCAGCGUGACGGCCAGCCAAUUGCCAAAUCUGGGUCCACAGCGCCGGUGUCGACCGAUGGAAUCGACAUCAGCGGCUGGACUCUGCCUAUGGGCUCGGUGUGGAGUAACCGCGCCGCCGCCGUCGAGCUCUCUGCCUGGGACUUUGCCGGCCAGGAGAUCUACUAUGCGACGCAUCAGUUCUUCUUAUCGGAGCGUUCACUGUUUCUGGUCGUAUUCAAUGCCUUGUCGCCUGUCCAUUCGCGCAUCGAAUACUGGUACUGCUCAGUACAGCUUGUGAGCAAGUUUCAUGGUGACCACUCAGCAUUCGCGCGCCCCAGGCUGCAAUCGGUGAAGACGGCGGUCAAAGGUUCGCCCGUGUUGCUCGUGGGCACGCACGCCGAGAGCGAGGAAUGCACCGAGGAAUUCCUGGGCAGGUUGAAAACCGAGCUUCUGCAGAAGUUCCGGUUCAAGUACCCCAACAUGGCGGGUGUGCACUUUGUCAGUGCCGUCUCCGGCAAGAACAUCGACCAGCUGCUCGGUGGCAUCCGGGAAAUCAUCGCGAAGCAGGAUUUUAUGGGCCGUCCGCUACCAUCGAGCUACCUCGCGCUCGAGAAAGCGUUGGCGAUGCAUGCCAAGAGCCGGACUCCGCCGGUGCUCUCGUGGCAGGCCUACAGUAACCUGGCGCGCCUGAGCCUCAUCUACGACGAGCGCGAUCUGCGCACAGCGACCGCGUUCCUCCACAACCUGGGCUCACUCGUCCACUUCGACAAAGACGAGAAGUUGCACGACGUGGUAAUCUUGGACCCGCAGUGGCUGAUGGACAUGCUCUCGACAGUGGUCUCCACCAAGCACAACUUCUGCAGGAACGGGGUGAUCGCCCACUCCUCGCUGCCGCACAUAUGGAAGGCGCCCACCUACCCGCCAGAGCUGCACGGCUUUUUGAUGUCGCUGCUGGAGCGCUUCGAAGUCACCUUUCCUGUCCAGGAACAUGUCCACAAGCUCGGGCUAAUGGACGAGGACGAGGAAGGCGAGGGGGGCAGCGUGGCGGUGGCCGACCGUCAGUCGUCUCUGGUGCCCGCCCUCUUGCCCGAAGAGCGACCCGCACGGCUGACCCACCUGUGGCCUUCGUUCAUUCGGGCGGAGGAACACGUCUUCGGGCGCACGUACCGCUUCGAUUUUGUGCCGCGCGGGUUCAUGGGCCGCCUGAUCAUCCGGCUGCUGGGCUUUCCGUUGGCCGCGCAGGUGCUGUGGCGCCACGGCAUGCUCGCUCGCUUUGCCAAUGAGCAGAUGUUGGUGGAGCUUCAGCCCGAGGCGAAUCAGUUGAGCCUGCUGGUGCGCACUGGGUUGCGCGGGGAGGAGAUGUCCAGCUUGUGUUGGCUCAUAUUCGCCGCCAUCGAGUCGCUCGUCAAGGAGUGGUACAAUCUCGAGGCCCGAGUGGAAGUUCCGUGUCCGCAUUGUCUGGGGCGCGGCGGCCUCAAUGUCGCGCCGUACAUGUUCACCUUCGAGGAGUGUCAGACAGCUGCGAUCACCCCCAACGACUCGUUUCUCUAUUGCCGGAUAGGCGGGCUCAAGGAUAGCGAGGCAACGCCCAUCCGACUGGACGCGGCCGCACCCGAUUUGGCCAUGGCCCACCUCGACGGCCACAAGAUCGCCUUCGGGGAGCUCGAAAAGCACGAGCCGGCCAUCGGCGAGGGCGGCUACGCCACGGUGUAUAGGGGCACCUACCGGGGCGAAGUGGUGGCCAUCAAGCAGCUCAAGUCUGGCGCCGACGACGCGGCGAUCGACCCGUGGUCCACGCCGGGCGGUGGAGACGGUCAAGCAGACGCGCAGAGGCGCACGUAUGAGGAAUUCCGCCACGAGGUGUGGAUCAUGAGCGGCCUGGCCCACCCGAAUCUGGUCGCACUUCGGGGCUUCUGUACGGAGCCGGCGUGCAUCGUGACUGAGUUCGUGGGUGCCGGCACACUGCUGGAGUUUCUCGCCGACCGAGCCAAGCCCCUGGACUGGCCUCUGCGCCUCAAGAUCGCCAAGGAUGUCGCCAAGGGGUGCGCGUUCCUGCACAGCACGUCGCCGCCGGUGAUGCACCGCGACCUCAAGUCUCCCAACAUCCUUGUAUGCGAUUUCGGGGUGUCCCUUAGCGCGGCGCACCACACGGCCGGUCGACGAGUUGACUGCCCCAUCUGGCUGGCGCCGGAAGUGCUGGCAAACAAGAUUUAUACGGAGAAGGCCGACGUGUAUAGCCUCGGGGUCAUAUUGUGGGAGCUGCUCACCCGCGACAGCUUCUUCGGCGAACUCGCGUUCAUGCAGCAAAUCGAAGACAAGGUGCUUGCUGGAGAGCGGCCGCCGAUUCCUCAACACUGUGUGCCCGCCUACCGUCAGCUGAUCCAAGACUGUUGGGCUCAGGACCCCGAACGGAGGCCUCCAUGUUCGGAGGUGGUCGCCCGGUUGGCGGAGAUCAUGCGCAAGGUGUGCCCCGAGACGAGCAACUACGACGCCCUAGCGAAGACGCGCUACCACGCCAACGAGGCCAAGCGCCGGGCCGCGAUGGCCUCCACCGCGCCGGCGGCUCGGUCGAUGACCCCGAACAGCACUUCGCCCUCGCCCCGCACCUUCGAAUCACUGCGGACCACCGCCCAGAUCCACCGUAGGCGAGAGCUCGACGCAUCGAAUUCGUCGAGCAAGACCAUACUCACGCAGUCCAUCAGGGACAUGGCCAUGUCGGACCGGUGCUCGAAGACGGACAUCAUCCUCUGCAUGGAACGAUUCCUGCAGCAGAGAAGACAUGCGCUGGAGGAGGAGGAGGAGGAGAUCCACGAUGGCGAUGACGAGGCCGAUGAGAAGGGGAAGCGGCAGAUAGAUGUGAGUAACGACGAGCAGCUAAGCAAGAAGCAGAGCGAGCAGCGCAAGUGGAUCGAACACUACAUGCAAGCCCUCCAACAGGAAAGGCGAAAGGAAGUCAGUGGAGAUAGUCACGAAGGCGAAGAGUGGAGCGAGGCGAACCUGAGCGACCAAACUGAUGAGCCCAACGAAGCCAUGCAAGAUGGCGCUUCGACAAAGGACUCGAAAGACCAGGAAACGGACGCGGAAGCAGAGAGAGAGGCCAACGACGGCGGUCUGGCGGGUUGGUCAGCCGGAUCGGAGGAGGCAGAGACGCAGGUCCAAGGUCUCCACGGGACCGAAUCGGAUUACGAGUUGGCCAUCAGCUCCCUCGAGGCCGCUUCACAUGUGGCGGUGAGUCCCGAGAGCGCCCGGCGGCAGCUGUUGGGUGGUGGCGCCCCACUUGCCGCGCGACUCGAAGCGCACCAGGGCGAAGUCAACGUGCUCUGUGCUCUGCCCAAUGGAAUGCUGGCCAGCGGCACCGACAACGCGAGCAUCCUCGUGUGGGACCCGCGGAGGCCCAAGGUGCGGCCAGAGACGAUCAAGACGCGCUCCAAGUCCGUGUGGUCUCUUCAAGUGGUGAUGCGCAAGGGAGUGUUGUGCCUGGCGUCGGGGUCGUGGGACGGCGCCAUCCACCUGUACGCAAUCAAGACCGGCAAACACCAGGCCUCCUUCCACGGCCACAAAGACGCGGUGUUCCGGCUGGCGGUGCUGCCUGACGGGGUGCUGGUGUCGGCGUCGUGGGACUCCUCCAUCAGGCUCUGGGAUCCCGACACUGGCACAUGCAUCGCCACACUGGCCGACCACCAGGUCAUCCGCGUGUGGGCUGGCGAUGCCAGCCGAGGCCACAUGCGGUGUACGGGUCGGCUUGGCGGGCACGACAAGCCCGUCGAGUGCAUCGCCGUGCUGCUCGAUGGCCGGCUGGUGAGCGGGUCGCAGGACAUGAUGCUUCGAGUGUGGGAUGUCGACAAGGAGGUGUGCGUGCGCGUGCUGGAGGGCCACCAGGGCACCGUGCGCACCCUGCAGGCCCUCACCGAAGGCUUCCUCGCUUCGGGCUCCGCCGACAAGUCGAUCCGACUGUGGCACGUACACAGCGGAGCGCUCGUGCACACCAUACAUGACGCUCAUGCCAAGGAUGUGGUAUGCCUCGCGUUGGCGGCGACGGGGAGGCUGACCAGCGGUGGGUGGGACAAGGUAAUCAAGUUGUGGAACUUCCCUGUUCGGGCGUAG